CCACCAGGGCCCUGCAGCAGAGUCCCGCAGCCCCUCCGCCGCCAGCACCAGCCAUGAGCCCGCACCUCCGCCUCCUCCUGCUCCUCCUGGCCGCCGCUCUCUGCCAGGGUGCCGGGGAGCUGCGCUGCCGCUGCCUGCAGACCGUCUCCGAGGUGAUCCCGCCGCGGCGCCUGGCCCGCCUGGAGCUCGUCCCCGAGGGGCCGCACUGCGCCGUGCCCGAGGUCAUAGCAACGACGAAGCGCGGGCAGACGAUCUGCCUGAGCCCCGCCGCUCCCUGGGUCAAGCUGAUGGUCAGCAGGGUGCUCAGCAGCCCACGUAAGCAGCUCUGAGGGAAGAAACAUUGGCAACAGAAGCCACUUGUGUUUGCCAGAAGAUACCAGGACAUGGAUGCUGGAAGAAGAUAACAGCUCAACUGCCUAGUUUUGCUGGGUUUGUGGACCAGCUGUUCUAUGUGUAAUCCCCCUAAGACCCUGCCCUCCCCUUUUAUUUAUUAUUGCCUAUUCAUACAUAUGUAUUUAUUGACUGACCUGAAGUGACUGAAGCCAUUUGAUCAGACAGCACAGGCUUUGCUGUCACCUCUUGGUGACCUGCUUGCAGUUCUAACAGUCUGAAUAGCCCAACCUUUGUGCAAGCUCCUUCUCUCCAAGUACUGUUUGCCCACAAGUUCUAAUAAGUAGUAUCAAUAUCCAAAAAGAAGAAGGAUGCAUAAUGGAGGCAGCUGUGUAAAUGUCUGCAGAUAGUCUGAUACUUA